GUUCGUGCCACUAAAAACAGCAUGGCGGCGAUUUGUUCGUUGUAGGAGGUAGACCAAAUGUACGUAAAGACGCACCAAUGUUCAGCGUACUGGGAAAUUACCUAACUUGAGCAGGAUGAUGCGCAGGUCUCGAAUCAGUGUGCGGCCCAAUGUGAGGCCCGGGGCGAGAGCUCUGACCUCCUCACAGGAUGGACAGUCCUCACAGGCCGCUGCUGACACCGGGCAAGCCACCCAGAGAGAGGACAUGCAAUCGCUAACCACAGAAACAGAACCAGCAGAAGACAAGCCAGAUGGGACUGUGCCGAGCUCUGAGAACCUCACCCCUGACAUGAAGAAGACGGAACAGAGUUCUGGUGGCAGUGACACCACAGCUUCUGUGCUGCAGAGGAGAAAACGGUUCUCUGCCUUGCCUAACCUGGCCAAGCCCAGAGUUACCAUCGCUUCCUCACGUGCAGCUGUUAGGCUUCCCAAGACCCCGCCCUCGAAGGUGCUGAACCUGCCUUCUGCUGAAGCCCUGACCUCAAUGGAAAACAGCACCGCCCAGGGUCUGAGAUCUCCAAGAUGGCGGAGAGCCUCCGGAGGUGGCAAGCCGUCCAAAAUACAAGGCAAACUGGCACCCCUGUCUCCCUCAGUCCUAGCCUCUGCCAAACACGCGCCCCUGUCUCCCUCUGUUCUAGCCUCUGCCAAACACGCACCCCUGUCACCCUCAGUCCUAGCCUCUGCCAAACACGCGCCCCUGUCUCCCUCAGCCUUAGCCUCUGCCAAACACGCACCCCUGUCACCCUCAGUCCUAGCCUCUGCCAAACACGCGCCCCUGUCUCCCUCAGCCUUAGCCUCUGCCAAACACGCACCCCUGUCUCCCUCAGCCUUAGCCUCUGGCAAACAGGCACCCCUGUCAUCAACUGUCCCAGCCCCUGGGCCUGUCCCUGAGGGGAGGAAAGAGAAUGAAACGUCGGGACCCCCGCUGUGCACCAAGUCCUCUGAGCUGGAGAAAUCAUCGCAAGAGCAAAAUCCCCUCCCUGAGCCGGCCCCAGUCUCUGCCGUGCAGAGUGCUAAGCAAAGCGCUACCUCUGACCGAGAGAGGAUCAGAAAGCUGAGGGAACUUAUUAAACAAGAGCAGAGGAAACAGAAGAAACGCAAGUCGGGCAAAUCCCACAUCUGCGAGCACAGCAUCCCGCAGGACCACCACAAGAUGACAAUGCGAGACCUCAUCUACUACCUGCCAGAGUCAAACCCCAUGAAGUCUUACUCUGUUGAAGAAAAUAGGCCAGCAGAGAAGGUUAUCUCACCAGAGAAAAUCAUCCCACCAUCACCGAACAGAGAAUUGCCUGAGCAGCCACAGGAUUUAGGGGAGGGAGAGGAGGAGCAGGAGGAGGAUGAAGAAGAAGACCAGGAGGGUGGCGAGCCUGCGGGGGAGGACCAGCUGGUCGUGCCCAGGGUGAAAGUGGCAGAGGAUGGCACCCUAAUCCUGGAUGAGGAAAGUUUAACCGUAGAGGUGUUGAGAACUAAAGGCCCAAAUUUGGCUGAGGAAAACGACCCCAUUUUUGAGCGUGGCUCUUCAACAACCUACUCUAGCUUCAGGAAAACCGUCUACACUAAGCCUUGGUCAAAUAAUGAGACUGAAAUGUUCUUCAUGGCCAUCAGCAUGGUGGGGACUGACUUCUCCCUGAUCGGCCAACUCUUCCCUCACCGCGCACGGACAGAAAUCAAGAACAAAUUCAAAAAAGAAGAGAGGGAAAACUCUUGGAGGAUUGACAAGGCAUUCAAAGAGAAGCGUCGCUUUGACCUGGAGUUCUUCAGCAAACACCUAGAGAGGGUCUUGGCUGAAGAGGCGCGAAAGAGAAAAAAAUCCAAAACCAAGGGCUCUGUAGGGCAGAAAAAUAAAACAAGCAUACCAAAAGGAAGGAACGCAACUGCUCAGAGAGCCCCUAGCGACCGGUCUGCUUCAGAGGAGCUGGACAGCGAUGUGGUGGAGGCUGACUCGGAGACUGCAGAGAAGGAGAAUGAAGACUGCACCAAUGUCGCGGAGGCAGGGGCCAACACCGCUGCUGCCAAAACCAGCCAUAAGAGGAAGAGCCGGGAGGGGGAGGAGACGCCCCAUGAGAGAUCUGAAGAUGGACUGGGCCUGAAAAAGAACAGGCUAGAAGUCUCAGCAGAUGAGGGUGAUGUCAGUGAGGAUUGUGAAGGUCCUGUGUGUGACGUUCCAGCCGUUCCAGAUGUGGACGGGUUAAAGAAGCCGGAAAGCUCCAUACGGGGCAGGGGAGGGCCUGAAAUCAAGCCGGCCCAGCUUUCGAGGGGACGCUUUCAGAGACCCACUCCUAACCUGGGAGCAAGAUGGGCUAAGAAGAUGGUCCCUCAACCCAGGGAAAAGAGCACAGAUGUGGACGUGGAGAACAGCAGCUCCGCGGGGGAGAGACUCUCAGACCCACAGGAGCAAAAUGUACACAAGCCCACAAGGAGAGAACAGAAACGGGCUCAAAAAGCGGACUUGGUGAAUGAGUCCAGUUCGGCCUCCACUUCAUAUCCAAAGGGAGUCGCCCCCAAAGGGCAAGGCAAGCAAACAGUUGGGCCUGGCAGGAGAGCCAAACCCAGACCCAACCUGUCUGCAGCUCAGAAGAAGCCCAAGCUGGUGACCCUGCGGGCAUCACUGCCAGAGGACAACGAGGAAGAGGAGCCGGAUGAGACCCAUCCCGAGGAGGACUUCCGCUAUCCCAUAAACCCAGAAGAGCAGAACCAGGCGCCUGCCUUCGUGCCCCUCAGCCUGCGGUCCCCUCAGCCUGUGCCAGUGGACAUUGAAGAGACCAUGGAGGAGCUUGAGAUUUCCAUGAAUGUGUCCGAUGUGCUUGGCACUGCCGAGCCUGAGCAUGCCCUCUGUGCUCAGCCAGUGUGCCCUGGGGCACAGGAUGAGCUUGUGGUGUCCACUGACCAUCAGCUGGACUUGCUGGUUGAUGUGAUUGAGUUCUUGUCCCCAGACCAUGUUGCAGGGUCUGAAGAGAGCUAUAAUGAGGCAGCCAGGACUCUGCUGACAAUAAGAAACCCUGAACUUCUCUCCCUGGCUGCACCUGCCUACAGUAGAGAGGUCAUCAUCACCGAGGAAUCCCACCACGUCCUUCUGGAUGAGACGGAACCCGGGGAGAGCCUUACGUCAGAGUCAACUGACCAAUUGCAGUGCGGCGCAGAGCAACCGCAAACCGCGUCUUGUGACCUCCCCACUGCUGAAGCCUCACAGUCUGCUACCCUGUCUAUGGAUGAGAUGGAUUCCAUAACUUUGACACCUGUGGAAGAGUUUGGGUCAGAGUCUGUGAGGUCUGAAGUAGUCAUAAAGACACAGCGCUGUGAGACCAGCAGUCUGGAACACACCACUGUGCCAGAGGAGUCUCACAGUCAGGAGAGAGCUGCACCUGCCUGCACUGGAGGUACUCAUGAUGGAGCCCUGGGUCCAGACCCUUCAGUCCAGAAUGUUCUUCCAAGCAGGAGAAGCCGUUUCCCAAAGCCUAAACCUAACCUGCUCCGCACCACCCGCACCCCACGUGUAACUCCGGCCCAGUGUACUGAAAACUCUGCUCUUGCCCCUGUGGAGACUGAGGCAAUGGGCAGUUCCCCAAAGGAGCGGGGCCGUGGAAGCCAGGAGAGCAAGGACAUGCUGUGCCAGGAAGAGGCCACUUGUGUGGGAGAUUCUCUGGGAGAGCAGCUGGGUUCAGGCUCGUCUAACCAGAGUGUGCCACCUGAUGGCAGUGCAAGGCAACUGCCCAAACCCGUUAUGGACAGAGGUGUGAGGGGCCCUUGUGUUACCCAGCCUCUCAGCAGCCCUCUAGCCCCCUGUACAGCCUACAGAUUGACUGAGGAGGGAACCUCUGCCAGCAGUGUGAAUGGUAUGAGAGCUGAGAUGGACAAAAACAGGGGCCACACUUCAGCUGAAGACCGAAGGACGACGGGACAAUCCCAAAUGAAUUUGGUUGAUGCAGAAGAAGCAGAAGGAACCAGCAGUUUAGGCACAAAACAGUGCUCUGAAGAUGGAGGAGGGAAGAUUCAUGAAACAUCAGUCAGCAUUGAUACAGUACAGGAAGCAGCGAGUCUCCACGCCGAUGGUAGUCUCAGUGCCGCAGUCUCCUGCCACACCACAGAAGGCCAGCCGCCUACGUACAUCCUGACGUUGUUCGAGGUGUCCCCACCACUGCUCGGGGGGCUGGACUCCGGUGCUGAUGCUCCAGGCACCAUCACUGCGGAGCUCCUGUCUCCCCUGCUGUUUGUGGACGAGCAGCUCGUGCCCCCAGCCACGCAGACUGAGACGCACAGCUGUGGUCCACUGGUGGUAGAGAUGUGUGGAGAACAUGGCCAGGAGCCCCACCCCCUGGCUCCUGUGUCAGAGGAGCAGGAAGAGCCACCGGCUCACAGCUCCAUACCGGAAGGGUCCGGAAAGCCCUCCACAAGCCACAGCAUGGCCAGCCCAGUUGACUCAUGUGAGAGCAUCAGCCUCACUGUAGUGCCCUCAGAUGAGUCUGGGGCGGAGAGUACCAGCAGGCAGGCUUCCCCUCCGCUGAAGAAGAGGAAAAUGCCCGUCAGGAGAGAGAAAGACCAUCUGCAGGUAAAGCCCUGCAGUGGCACUCGGCAUCGUGAAGACCCCACUGAAGAUGGCCAGACUAUCUUCAGUACAGAACAUCUACAGCCCACCCCAGACCAGACAUCUCCACAGGGCAGCUCGCCUCAUCCCACAGCGCUCAACCCCAAGGCCCGGCCCCGCAGCCCAGAGCCGGGGCCGUCUGCCACGGAGGACCCGCCCCAGGGCAUCGUGGGGUGUUCUGACCUCCCAGAGUACAGGGGGAGCGCCACCAUUACUGAGAGCACAGAAAGCAGCAGUGCUGACGCAGAGCCUCAGAUCAGCCAGCAAGCUGUGCCAGUGACCUCAAGUGGCCUCCUGACAAGGGCUGGCAGAAAGCCCAGGGGUUUCUUAUCUUUCAUCUCCGACAAGAGCACCGCCAGGCCCGCUGGUGCCCCCCGUUCUGCCAGGCCUGCCUGCCCGAGGCCGCAGGUCAACACCUCCCGCACGGGGAGGAGAGCGGCCACUGUGAGCACACCGCCAUCCAGAGCCAGGCCCGCUGACAGCCCGACCGCCGCUAAGUUUUCUACCUCUCCUGUAUCUGCAUCGGUUCAAGACGAGGCCUCCUCUGUCAAGGCUUCAAAGACUGACAAAGAACCGACAAGCGUGUCCGAAUUCUUCUUCAGUGACAUCUUCACACAAGUGGAAGAACCCGAGUGAUCAAAAUCAAGGCAGGAGAAUGUUUCUGAUCAGUCUUCUGAACAGGAUCUUCAUUUGAGUCCUGUCCAUGCUCACACAAACCUAUCUGCUCUCACUGCCCAGUCUACACAAAUUUAGCUACCCAUAUCUCUUAUUAACUGACGUGAUUGAUGAGAACUUUAUUUUUCAGAAAAUGUGAUCCACUCGGAUUUUCUACAGUGACUACAUCCUCUGCACUCCUCUGUUUGUCUAAGCGUCUUCAUUGCAUGUAUUUAUCAAGUAUUUAUUUUGAUCAUGCUAUUUCCCAUUGCAGACUACUUUUGAUUAUUUGUUUUGUUAACUAUCUAUUUUCCCCAUGAGUACACAGUACAGAUUGUUGUUGUUUUUUCAGUAGUGACGGAAUAGAAAAAGAAAGGAGACCAUAUCUAUCUGGAAUUCCUGUCAUGUUUCUGGAGCCUUAAGUAAUGUUCGGUUAGCUUUUGUAACUGUUCUAUUAUGAACAAAAUAUUUAACUGAACUGACUUUGAUUCAAUUCAAAUUCAAAGGUUUUUGCCUCGACAUCUUGCAUCUUUCUUCAGUCAGCUCAAACAUAGCAGUCCAGCAGAAAUGUGCAUGAGCUCUUGUAAUGUGUUUUCUUAAAUUAUGUUUUCAGCCCUUUUAAUUUGUAUAUACACUUGGUUAAAAGGAGGAUCAAUGUGAAUGCAGACUUUAACAAGCAUUGCCGUAGCCAUGCAGUCCUCCCAUUACCGUUGAUCGUCAGGUAUGGAACUCAUCAUGUCAUGACACCCCUGUUUUUUCCUAGUUUUAUUGUAAACGUGAACACAGUAUUAUAUUUAUUUUUGGCCAUUUUCACAAUCUUUACCAUGUUUUGUUCCAUGUACGCACUUUCUAUUAAAUAUCCAGUUGGCUGUAUAGUCCCUGUGGCAUAAAAUAAUACAACUGAAAUUUCUGGCAUUGUUUUUUGAAUAUUUCCUUAUUGGGUAAUGUAGCAUUAUUAUUUCUUCUUAUUAUUUACUUUUUUUAAAUGACCACCACUCCAAAUUUUCAAAAAAAAAAAAAAAAAAAAAGAAAUGUCUACAUGACAGUUGGCUCAGGGUAUAUUCAAACCAUUUUCUUACUUGGGUUUGUGCUCAAUUGUUAGGUUUGUCUUUUUUAAGCUGUAUGCUUUGCUUUAUUACUAGAUUUACAUCAUCUCUGUUCAUGCAUUGUGUGAGAAGGGAUAAAAACAGAAUCAAUAUUUACAAUAGAUAGCUUCAAUGUUAUAAUUCAAUAGAAGAGCAUUUUGGAGGUAAAUACACAUUUUAAACUUUACAUUUUUCCCAAUGCUCUUGUUCAGUAUCCAUUCUAUGGUUGAGGAGUAGUCUAAUUUUAAAUUAAAUCAGCCAAGGAAUGACAAUGUUUUUUGGGAGGUUUUUUUAUUCUGAUUUUGAUAACAUUUGAACAAAAAAAAAUUGAUUUUAGGUGAUCUAGUUUGUGUGUAUUGAAAAAUGAACAUUUCUGUAUACAGUUUUGUUGCUGUGUACAAGACUAUUUUCUCUCAUCAGUAAUACUGGAAAGUCCAGACAUGGGAAUGUCACUUGAUACAUUUGCUUUCAUGUCUUUCCUGUCUGUUUUCUGAUCUUUUCACAUUGGCUACAUCGUGCCAUUACAGGAACAGUGCUGUAAAUGCAUUUAACUUUGUCAUCUAACCUUGUCAGGUCAGCAAGUCAUGCAUCCUCUGUCUUGUGCUUCAUUUGUACUUAAACUUAAUUGUUUAAUUGUAAUUUAUGUAAAAUAUGUAAAUAAAAUUUUAUACAGUUA